AUGGCGCCGCAGCUCGUUCUCAUGGUGGCAGAGAAGCCCAGCAUCGCGCUCACCAUCGCUCAAGUCAUGUCGCACGGGCAGAUGGCCUCCCGUCGCUCCUGGCUGGAUGUGCACGAGUUCAACGGUGACUUUCGAGGAGGCCCGGCUCGCUUUAGAGUCACGUCUGUCAUUGGCCACGUGCUCAGCAUCGACCUCCUCCCAGCGUUGACCUCCUCCCAGCCAUCGACUUCCCGCCAGCUACCAGAUCUGGGAUGCCAUAGACUGAAUUUUCCCCUUGCCGCACCCAUCCCCCUCGCCCACCCUACUUUCACUCCUCCCCCCGACCUUUCUUCUCCCCCCCUCCCUAGCAUAGACUUCCCUCCCAGCUACCAGAGCUGGGAUGCCACAGACCCGGCAUCACUCUUCACUGCCCCCACCAUCAAAACCGAUUCACAGAGUCCAACCCCAAGCAUUGACUUCCCUCCCAGCUACCAGAGCUGGGAUGCCACAGACCCAGCAUCACUCUUCACUGCCCCCACCAUCAAAACAGAAUCCAACCCCAAGGCGCAUGUGUGCAAGCACCUACAGACGGAGGCCAAGGGGUGUGAUGCCCUUGUGCUGUGGCUCGACUGCGACAGAGAAGGGGAGAACAUCUGCUUUGAAGCGAUAGGCGAGAAGGACAUUCGGCAGGCGAUGGCUCGACUGGGGGCGCCCAACGAGGCGGAGGCCAAGGCAGUGGACGCACGGCAGGAGAUCGACCUGAAAGUGGGCGUGGCGUUCACGCGGUUCCAGACGCGCUUCUUCCAAGGGAAAUACGGCAACCUCGACUCGUCGCUCAUCUCGUAUGGCCCGUGCCAGACGCCCACGCUCGGCUUCUGUGUGGCCCGCCAUCAGCGCAUCACGUCGUUUGUCUCGGAGCCCUUCUGGGCGGUGCGGCCAAUUGUCGUGCGCGACGGCCGCCAGCUGGCACUGCAGUGGGCUCGGGGGCGGCUGUUCGACAAGGAGUGCGGGGGGGGUGGUGAGAGAAAGGGAGGGGGGUCUGCUUCAGGAGCGGCCACCAGCUGGCACUGCAGUGGGCCUUUUUGGGGGCGGCUGUUCGACACGGAGGUUGCAGAGUUCUUUCAGAGGGAUGUGGCGGCAGGCGAUGCUGCGGUUGUGAAGAGUGUUGCAAUGAAGGAGGAGAGGAAGGGGCGACCUACAGGGCUGAACACGGUGGAGAUGCUGAAAGCUGCUGCCAGUGGGCUGGGCAUGGGGCCGCACCACGCCAUGCAGAUCGCUGAGAGACUUUGCACUCAAGGUUACAUCAGCUACCCUCGCACGGAGUCAACAGCCUAUCCCUCCUCCUUUGACUAUAAAGAAGCCCUUUCGAUACAGUCACGGCACCCCAUAUGGGGGGAGUACGUGCAAUCACUCCUGCAGCUCGGGCCCUCGCCGCCCAGGGCGGGAAAAGACGAGGGAGACCACCCGCCCAUCACGCCCAUGCGUGCUGCAGACGAGGGGGAGCUGGGCGGCGGGGACGCGUGGCGGCUGUAUGACCUUGUAACGAGGCACUUCAUAGGAAGCUUCAGCCCUGACUGCCGGAUUGCAAGGACACGUGUCACCUUCUCAGUGGCUGGGGAGCACUUCUCAGCAUCGGGACGAAAGCUGCUAUCCGCGGGAUUCACUGCAGUCAUGCCGUGGCUGGCGGUGGGGGACGAGGGCCUUCCAGCCUUCGUGCAGGGGGAGAGCGUUGCGCUGAGUGCAGUGGAGCUCUAUGAGGCGAUCCCCUUUGCUGCUGCCCUGCACUGCCAGCGGUCAUGCCGUGGCUGGCUGGCCGCAAGAUCACUGCAGUCAUGCCGUGGCUGGCCGUGGGAGAUGAUGAUGAGUUCAGUUGAGCUCUAUGGGGGCCGCACAUCCCCCCCUGACUAUCUAACCGAAAGUGAGCUGAUUGGGCUGAUGGAGCGACACGGCAUCGGCACAGACGCUUCCAUCCCCGUGCACAUCAACAACAUCUGUGAACGGAACUAUGCUCAGGUACGAUACGAGAUUGGAGAGGUGGGGAGGGUGUGGGGGACACUGGGGUGUGUCUUUAGUCGAAUCAACACCCCCUUCGGCACUGAUGCGUCCAUCCCCGUGCACAUCAUCGACAUCUGUGAACGGAACUAUGCUCAGGUAGGGAGGGGUUGGGGGGAGCGGGGAGGAGGGGCGAGGGGACGAGAUGGGGGGAGAGGGUGGGAGAGGGUGGGAGAGGGGCGGUUGGGAUAG